UCACACAUUAGCUGUCAAUAGACAAGCUACUUAACCUGAAAAUAUUUCACAUGAUAACAAGUAGUACUGAAUAAAUCAUAUUCUCUAAUAUUCGCUCUGUAAAGAUGACAUGUUGCACAGAGAAUGUAUUCUACCGAUCUUAUUACCAUUGGGACGAGAGUUUACAAGGCUUUCUAUAACCAGAUGAUGGGAGAACCAACAGGGUUGACCAACAGCGAAGCACGAGAGCUUUGUACAAACCCAGAUGAAGCAACAAAAGAUUUCAUCCUUUCUCAGGUCAUGUACCGUAUUAAGGACCCACGCAGAUCCUUACCAUUUUAUACGGAAGUGUUGGGAAUGCGAUUACUUCAAAAAUUGGAUUUUCCUGAAAUGAAGUUUUCUGUCUAUUUUCUUGGAUUUGAACGUGCUAGCGACAUACCAACCGACAGAAGGGAAUGUCUCGAAUGGACUUUUACCAGAAAAGCUGCUUUGGAACUCACUCAUAAUUGGGGUACAGAAACAGAUCCUGACGCGAAGUAUCACAACGGAAAUACAGACCCUAGAGGAUAUGGUCAUAUUGGACUCACGGUACCUGACGUGGAUGUAGCAUGUGAAAGGUUUGCUAGGCUCGGUGUGGAGUUUGUAAAGAAACCAAACGAGGGAAAGAUGAAAGGUCUUGCCUUCAUUAAAGAUCCCGAUGGUUAUUGGAUCGAAAUAUUGAGCGUAUCAAAUACUGUUGGUACGAUAAUGAACAACUAGUACAUACACAUUUAGUAAAAUCAAUGAGAAAAAUUCCUGUUAUAAUAUCUGCCAAUACACUAGUUUAGUGUAAUGUGUAUGUAUUUAGAGAUUAACAAUCAGUAUAACAUGUCUUUAAAACAUCAAAAUAAUUCUGUCCCUUAAGCUGCAGCAGACCAAAUAUAUUUUAAUGAUGUACAAUGUGUUGAAACGAUGAUGAAAAGAUAAUAUGUAAAAACAGAAUACUUACCUUUUAUACUAUAUACUAAUUGUUUUAUCUGUUACACUUAUAUUAUAACGAUGUACCUAAUACUUAUUGUAGCGUAUCUGCGUAUGUAUACUAUGCUAUUGCAAAAAAUAAAAUCAAAAUAUUU